UAACACCAAAUGACAUGACAUAAAUAAUCCAAAGAUGGAACCCAAAAGCCAGAGAAGCAAACUCGCACCCACCAUCCACCAUCUUCAAGGAUAGAAUCGGAGGAAAGCAACCAGAAUCAGAAUCAGAAUCAGAAGCAGAAGCAGAAGCAGAGACAUUGAAUGGCGCUUCUGCGUGUGUACCCAACCAUCCCUCUUCCUCGUCUUCCUUCAAACCUUCCCGUUCGGAGUACCAACUUCGCUGUUCGAAGCUGCAACCUUCAACCGCAACUCCACUCACGCAAGUUAGUUCUGGCAGUGAAGGAGAAGCUUGAAAAAGAGCAUCAUAGCCUCCCUGUUGGUAGAAAUGGUAGGGAUGAUGAAGAUAUGAUUCAAUGGUUUCUGAAAGAUCGAAAGUUUUCUGUUGAUGAAGCUGUUUCCAAAUUGACUAAAGCCAUUAAAUGGCGUCAAGAUUUUGAGGUGUCGAAAUUGACUGAAGAAGCUGUUAAAGAUGCUGCUCGAUCGGGGAAAGCAUAUGUACAUGACUUUCUAGAUAUUAAUGGAAGACCCGUGCUUGUGGUGGUCGCAUCAAAACAUUUUCCUAAAGCACAAGAUCCCUCCGAUGAUGAGAGGCUGUGUGUUUUCUUAGUUGAAAAGGCAUUGAGUAAGCUUCCAUCUGGUAAAGAACAGGUGCUUGGAAUAGUUGAUCUCAGAGGUUUCGGCACAGAAAAUGCAGAUCUUAAAUUCGUGGCAUUCUUGUUUGAUGUUUUCUAUUAUUACUAUCCCAUGCGAUUGGCUCAAGUACUAUUUGUUGAUGCUCCUUUUGUGUUUAAGCCAAUAUGGCUGCUAAUCAAGCCGUUGAUAAAAUCAUAUGCUUCUCUGGUAAGAUUUUGCUCUGUAGAGACUGUCAGGAAGGAAUAUUUUACAAAUGAAACCUUGCCACCAAGUCUCAGAAAUUGAAAAGGUUAUUUAAGGACUAUUUCUGGACAAUAUGAAGAGCUGUAGCACAUUUUCCAGGCCUACUCUUAUUUAUCAUUUAUCUUGGACUUUCUAAGACCUAUAUGUGGAUCUGAUGACAGCAACACAUCAUUUAUUUAGUAGGGAAAGAAAUAUUUUCUUACUUUAAAGAGCUAAUGAGAAUUCUGAGAGGAAUUUUAGUAGAACCAUUCUGGAAUAGCCAUCCCAUUUCAUUGUUUCUUCUUAAGCAUGAUAUGUAAAUUAUGUAGGAAUCUGAGAGGAAUAAUGCUGCAGAUAGGAGAAUUGUGGUUGUGGGUUGAAUUGUACUCACCUUCUGUUAAGGAUAAUACAUUCUAGAGAUAAAAAAUGCAUUGUCAGUUUAUUAUUGCUUCUUUUUUGGCUCUGCA